AUGAAUCAAAUAUCUUCAAAAUUGAAACCUCUUGAACAAGCAAUACAAGCUAAUGAUCCUUUAAGAAUAUCAAAAUCUCUACAUACAAUUAAAGUUGAAUUACAGAUAUCUCAACUAGUAGAAUCGAAUUCGAAUGAUUCAAAACCAAUAAUUUCUCAAUUAAUGUCUCUUGCUCUCCCAUUAACAUGCCAUGAAGAUUUAAAUAUUCGAGUUGAAGCCAAUGCAUUUAUUUCAUAUUGGGGUUCUUUACUUUCAGGUUUUGCACCAAAUUUAUUACGAACUGUUCUUUCUGAAAUCGAUACUUCAAAGCUCCAGCCUCCAUCACAGGCCGUAUUAUUUACAUUUUGGUGUUUAACUUUGCGCUCGGUUGCUCCUUGUCAACGACAACAACUUAUAGGUACAUGCCAAACAUUUAUUAAAGCAACGAAACCAGAAUUUUUGCAAAAAGUUCCUCAAGAUGUAUGGCUGCUAAUCCGUGAAUCGAUGACGGAAGAAAAUUUACAAAAAAUUAUUGAUUUUUUAAUUAACUCACCACUAUCAUCUACUGUUGCAUUUUUAUCACAAAAAUCGCCAACUUAUUAUUUCUCAUAUGUUGUCAAUAAGUCCAAUUUAGAAUUUUUAAAAGAUUUUCUUUACGAGUGGCCAAAAGAGCGCAACAUUGAUGUAAUACUACUUGAAGAUACAUUACUUCGUUAUUUGAAAUGCGAUAAUUCAAGUCAUAUUUCUGCUUCAAUAGAGAUCAUUACUUUAUUACUUCAUCGGUACUACAGGCAUCCUCCAUCCAAAUAUAUACCUUUCUGGAUUACUAUUGUCGGAACUCUAUGUGAUAUAUAUUCAAAAACGAAUGUUGCACAAAAGGCUGCAAUUAUUGAUUGUUUCACAAUUUGUGCUCGUCUCAAAUUAAUAUCAAUCGAUAAAUUAAAGAUGUUUUUAUCAUACGAUGAUCAGAUUCCGACUCCAAUUUUAAUUUCAAUAACAAAACUAACAGCGUUAUUUAUCAAAGAACACCUAAUACCCGAUAACUUUUUAUCAUAUUUAGAAAAACAAGCAAUCGAACGUGAUCCAUUAAUUUUUAUUUCAAUUAUCGAAAUUUUGACAGAAUGUUUUGACGAAUUAUACAGUAUUGCACCAUCACAAGCAACAAAGAUUAUCAAUUUAUGUCUUAAUCCUUUACCUCGCUAUUUCGUUGAACAAAUUCAACUUAUAAAAUUGCUUGAAAAUAUUAAUUUCAGCAUUUUUCUACCAAAUAAUCUCUCAAUUUCAUUUGAGGAUAUAGUUUUGGCUUUCAUAUCUGAUCCGCAUCCAUCAGUCAUUCAAGAACUACCAUAUUUUCUUGAAAAACUAUCUAUAAGUUUGGAAUACUCCCAUUUGGAUUGGUUUGAAAAUGCAAGUUCUUAUUUACCUUUAAUUGCAAAUAUUGAUCCUUCUUUUGUUGUUGAACUAAUUGAUGCUGGCUUACUACCGCCAGCUUCUUAUGAGAUGUCAGUUACAACUAUAUUAGACCAAGUUCAAAGGAGCCCUUGCCAGCGUGCAGAUGAUCUUUUCCAUAGAGUUUUAUCUGUUUUAUUAUCAUCCCUCUCAACUCUCGGGUUUUCAUUUGACAGAGCUGUUCUAUCGUCUCAAGUAACACAAUGGAAUCAUAUAAGCAAAGCACUCCCAGAUUUAUUAAAUUUAUUAAAUGAACCAAUUAUGCAAUCUACUUUUGGACAAAUUGUUAAUGCAAGUGUUCUGAUUCUUGCUCAAAUUAUUGCUCAAUGCAGUCCUUCUUUCCCUACUGUUGCGGGCUUAUUUGACGUUUGCCGUUUCUUAUCAAAUGCCUUUACUACUUCAGUUUGUAAAUUGGUUGUUGCACUCCGUGAAUAUGCCGAAACCAAGUUUCCCGAACUUCAUUCUCUUGUAUCAAUGCAAGUUUCUGCUUUCUUUGCUCAAUCUUUCCCGUUUGAUUGUGCAGUAUCCGUUGCUCUCUCAUCAUUCAUGGCAUCACCUGGCUCUGCUUGCGGCCCUUAUAUCUUAACUGCCGCUGAGACAUCAAGAGAGGUUCUUGCUGCCAUGGAUAGAAAAGGGGAAAAAUUGCCAUCUUCUAAUGCUUUCCUUGCAGCUAGAUUAAACAUGGAUUACAUUAAACAAUGCGCAUCGGAAAUUCCAUAUAAUAAUUGGAUUAUAGAAGAAGGUGAUGAAGAAAUCAUUAAACAGCUAUCAGGCAUAAAGAUCUCCGAUUUUUCAUUGCUGUCACCUUUAAAGAUAGAAAUUUAUGAAAGAAAUGCUCAAAAUUUCGAUUUUGUCAGGCCAGCUGCUGAAAUUGUUGGCACCGAAACUAUUGAAAUCAAAUGUUUAGAGAAAGGAAAUCCAAAAUUUUUAUCUUUACCAAUAUCUGAUUUCAAAAUUGAACAUGAUCCAACAAAUAAACCUAGCUGGUUCAAGAGCGAAUCAAAUGCAACAACCAAAAACUCAAAAGAAAAGAAGUCAACAUGCAAAAUUAAUAUCCUUGGCGAACCAAAUAUCCUAUAUCCAUAUAGGAAGCCAUGCAAAGCAGAUUUAACCGGAUUCUUAUGGUUUUCAUUCCGAAAGGUGUCAAUAGAUGAAUGGAACUCAAUUGAAGAAUUUUGUCUCAAUAAUAUUAAUGAUGAGCGACUCACAGCUGCAUUCUUUUCAUAUGCUUGCCGGCACGGGCUCGAUGUUGACAAUGAAAAAUGGUGUCUAAAUCUAAUUAUUGAUCGAAGAAAUCAUUUCAGAUUUUUAUCCGAUUUACUUCUUCUCUCUCUCUUGAAAAAACCUUUAUCUGCUGUAAAUGCAAGAUUUAUAGAAGACAUGAUGAUUGGAUUAGGACAUAUUACAGCAGAUGAAGAAUAUUUAAGGAGAGCAUUAAACGAAGAACAAGGGCUGAGUUUAUUAGCCGUUCAAACGAUAUUUAAACUAAUUUCAGCAGAUGAAUUGCCAGAUGAAAUUAUCAUUAAAGAUAUUAAAACAAUUCUCGCAAUGCCAUACAACGAAUCUAUUCCUAUUAUAUCUAAACUGUUUUUCCCUCCUGCUCCUCAGUCAAGAGUUGAUCGGUUCCAAUUACCACCAGGUGUGAAAAUCAUUCAGCAAAUUCUACCUUCUGCUGUAGAACCACUUGAACCUUUGCAUGUCAAAUUGCUUGAUGAGCUUGUAAAUGGGAUAUUAGAUUUAUUCGAAGAAGGGAAUUUUUCAAUAUUUAUGAUUCCAAUUUUGAAUUCUUGUGAAUUGGAUGAGAAUCAAUUUCAAAAAGUAAUACAAUAUAUUGAUGGCAUUUCCUAUAUUUUUCCUUUAAGUAUUGUUGAGAGCAUCAAAAACAUCAAAGAUUUGCAUCCAUUUAGAAGAAUCGGAAAUCCAGAAGCCAAUUAUGUCACAAAUUGUGAGGAGCUCAUACCAUAUUUCCCUCCUUCAUAUACAAGGGAAUUUAUUAAAUUAUACUUAGGGUAUCAAAAACUUACUACAAUGGACGACUUCAAACGAAUAAUUUCGAAAUUAAAUCCGGUGUACUUCGAACUACUCCCACUUGGUUACGAGAAAGUUUCUGAUAAAUUAAUUGAUGAAAGAUUUAAGAGAAUGGAAGAGAGUGCUUGUUUGGUGUCUCCUCUAGAUAGGAACUUAUUGUUCGAAUCAAGGAGUGCUAUGAGCAAAUGUGAAAGCCGCGCAGCUUGGAUUGCAAAAUGCUUGCUAGGCUCAUCUACUUUAUCUUUUGCAUCCGGAAGUGCAAAUCAAGAAACUGCAAUUUCUGAUGUUGCUCAGUUACUAUUCGAAUUGUGUGCAAGAAAGUUCAGGUUUUCUUCCACAACAACUGACGUCUUGAGAGUCAUUGUUGAGACUGCUGGUGCUGAUACAUUAUCUUGCUUCGCAGCCUCAAGAGAAAGUGUGAAUGAUAACAACUUCACAAACACUUUGCUAAGUGUUCGUAGCUUAGCUCAAAGACUGGGUGAAAAUGGUAAUUACAUUCUAACGAUGGCUGCUAGUUUAUGUGAAAAAGAAAAUAGGAAAAGAGCGUUCGAAGAUGAAAACACAUUACAUGCACUUGCCUGUGCAAUGAAUGGAGAUUACGAAUAG